GAAGAAGCGCCACCGCUGCUUCUUCUGCCUCUUCUGCUGCUGCAGUGUCGACCUUGGUCGGAUAGCUCAGGAUGGCAGGGAAGACGUGGAGGUCAGCGAUUCUAAAUCUACUAAGACAGUGGGGUUUAUCGGUCAAUGACAAGGAUAAAAUCAAGGCACAGGAAGUGUCACAGGUGGUUGGAGUUUUGAUGAGAGAGACUCCACAGCCCAGGACUUUCACCCGUGGGAUACAAACUGUUACUUUAAUCCCUGGUGAUGGAAUUGGUCCAGAGAUCUCCACUGCUGUCAUGAAAAUAUUUGAAGCAGCUAAAGCACCUAUUCAGUGGGAAGAGAGGAAUGUCACUGCCAUCCAAGGGCCUGGUGGCAAGUGGAUGAUUCCUCCUGAUGCCAAAGAAUCAAUGGACAGGAACAAGAUUGGCCUGAAAGGUCCUUUGAAGACACCAAUAGCUGCUGGCCAUCCCUCUAUGAACCUUCUGCUUAGGAAAACCUUUGACCUCUAUGCCAAUGUGCGACCCUGUGUGUCCAUGGAGGGCUACAAAACCCCCUACACUGAUGUGAACCUGGUCACCAUCAGGGAGAACACUGAGGGAGAAUACAGUGGGAUUGAACAUUUGAUUGUUGAUGGAGUUGUACAGAGUAUUAAGCUCAUUACAGAGCAAGCCAGCCAACGUAUUGCCGAAUAUGCUUUUGAAUAUGCCAGAAACAAUCAGAGGGCCAGUGUUACUGCUGUUCAUAAGGCCAAUAUCAUGCGCAUGUCAGAUGGGCUUUUCCUGCGAAAAUGCAGAGAGGCUGCUGAAAAGCACAAAGAUGUGAAAUUCUCUGAGAUGUACUUGGAUACUGUGUGUCUUAAUAUGGUGCAGGACCCCACACAGUUUGAUGUAUUAGUGAUGCCAAAUUUGUAUGGAGACAUCCUCAGUGAUCUUUGUGCUGGACUCAUUGGAGGACUUGGAGUGACUCCUAGUGGGAACAUUGGCGCCAAUGGUGUUGCCAUAUUUGAGUCGGUUCAUGGAACUGCACCAGAUAUUGCGGGAAAAGACAUGGCCAACCCCACCGCCUUGCUGCUCAGUGCAGUCAUGAUGCUGCGGCACAUGGGUCUGCAUGGCCACGCGAAGACGAUCGAAACUGCCUGCUUUGACACCAUUCGAGAGAAGAAGGUUCUCACAAAAGACCUGGGAGGAAACUCGAAGUGCUCAGAAUUCACAGAUGCAAUCUGUCAAAGAGUGCGUGAUCUGGACCAAUAGGAUUCUAACGUGGCUGUGAGAUAAUUGUUAUAAGUGUCUCUGUACUUUAUCAUGGCUUGUUGUGUCUGCACAUUUUAAAACAAAAUAUGUAUUUUAAAAAAGACUCGAGACUUGAGAUCCUGAAUGUUUUAUUUUUUUCUGCACACUCCAAAGCACUCUCUUAAAACUUUGGACCAACAUAUAACACUUUGUGUUCUUUACGUAUAUUCUAUAACAGCUGAACCUGUGGUGGUGUCUAUUUAUUGGCUGCAUUUAGCCUCUUGUGUGAUGUAUUUGACAAUGUUGUUUCUUCAUGAAAGACAAGUUUGGAUCGGAGCUGCCAGGCUCCAUGACAUGAAACUUGCAAAUGUUUUGCACUCUUAUUUUCUUCAGGUCAUAGUGUUCUUUGCUGAAAACAUCAUGAAUGUACAGAAUAAAGACAACAAAUAUAACAUCAGAAAAUGUCGUACAUUAAAUUUAAUAUUAUGCAAAUGACUAUUGUUGGAUUUACAAGCUCCCUCCACUUAUGAUGAUAACCCCUAUGAUCUUUUUCAUCAAAACCGGUUUAAACCAUGAACUGAAAACCACCAAAAAUUUACACAAAACAUGUACAUUGUAAGAUUCCAUCAUGAAGGCAACUAGUCUGAUUUUGAUUAAAAGAAUAUCGUAUA